AUGCUCCAUAAAAAUUUGAAAGUACUCAAGCGAUCGAUUUCUGAGAAACUGCUGAAGAGAGCUCCCUCAUCACAAAAAUUAGAGGCUGCGGCUUCAAUUACGGAUCGACAGUGCGCAUCGUCAUCCCAAUCUUCUCAGGACGAGGAAGAUCCCUACAGGGAGAUCCUGCGGAUGUACAACGACAAUGUGUCACAUCUAGUCCUCUACGGCUCUUCCCUCAAGUCAAUGAGCAGUAUCGACUUCCAGUCGAUGCAUCAGCCGGAACACAGAGCCUCGUCGUGCCAUGUCCACUUUGAUGAGAGCACCGAGGUCGUGAAUGGAAGGUCGAAGAAGGCUGUCAAUGCAUAAAACUUUGUCAGAGCUUCAUUCAGUCAUUGAUUUGUUGAUUUGCUGAUCUUACAUCUAGUUGUACAGGUUUAUACAUUUUCGGGUGACAUAGAAAACGUAAGUCAUGUGGUUGUGCUUCGUCAG